GCUGCUGGCGUCGUCGGCGUCGUCGUCCCCGUCGACGAGCUCCUCCGAGUCCAGCGUGGCGGCCGCGCCCCUGCUGGCUCUUCAGCGGUGGCCGGCCGCCGAAGCUGCGGCGCUGCCUUCGCCGGCUGCCGGAGCGGCGGUCGGCGGCGGCGGCGGCCGCGGCUGCGACCAGUUGCCGUUCGGCUGCCUCCAGUGCUGCGCCGACAGCGGCCGCGCGGCCUGCCCCCGCGACAUGUUGGUCAACGUGCCGCCGCCGCCGCCGCCCCCGGCCCAGCAGGCCAGCCCGUCUACGGUCCUCGCCCCCUCCCCUCCUCCGCAGCCGGAGUCCGUCAGUGUUGUGGUGAAUAGUGGCUCGUUCCCAGUGGUGAAUGUGACGAACGUGCGGACCUUCACUUCGACCGAGGCGCAGACUGACGAUUUCGGCGACGUGGCCGGCCCGGGGGCGGCACCGGCCGUCCCGGCGCUGCCGCAGCCGCCGCCGCCCCGCGUGCCGCCCCCGGCUCCCGCGCCCGCCGCCGGUCACACGAACCGCGAGCAGCGGCGUCGCGAGAGGCGCGAGCGGCGGCAGCAGCGGCGCCUGGGGGCAGCGUCGGGGGCGGUGCCGCCCCCGCUGGCCGACGGCCCGCCGCCACCUCCGGGGGACCGCCUCCCUGACCUGCUGCACUCGCACCUGCCGCCCCCGUACUCGACGCUCCCGCUGCCCCCGCAGCAGCCACCCCCGCCGCCGCACCAUCCGCCGCCCCCACCCGCUGUUUCGGGCAUGCGCUUUCCGUUCCAGAUUUCACCCGCUGGAGCUAGAAGAUGGCAGGCGGGACGAUAUCUUCUGGGCCCAUCACUAUGCCGCCACGCCAAUAUCAGUGUGAGAUCCAGGCGGGCACCACGCGGCCAGCACUACUCGCCCGAAGAGGAGCCCAAGUCGUGCUGCGGCGUCGUCGUCACGCAGACGGUUUCCAUCCGGUGGUUCAUCGUCAUGAUCGCCUUCGUGGGCGUCUGCUGCGCCGUCGUCGGGACGGUGCUGGGCGCGAUGAAGGCCAGCGGCAGGGAGCACCUCACCGUCUCACUCCUCAUGAUUGGCGUGGGCGUGGUGCUGAUCACGGUGAGCGGUGUGGCGUGGCGGCUCACAGCUCACGACGCGCCCUCCUGCCGCUCCAUGCUGGGCCUGGCCGGCGGAGACUCGGCGGGAGCAGAGCCCAACAGGCGGUUCGUGCCGCGCCUGCCACCCUCCUACGGCCGGCCGCACCACCCCUACGCAGCCAUGAUGUACCCGGAGUUCCAGUACCGGCCACCGCCACCGUCGUACCAGGCCUCCAUGCAGGAGUACCGGCUGCGCCUGCUGCUGCUCGACCGCCAGCCGCAGGGACACAACGCCGUCUCGCCGCCCCCCACCUACAGGUCGCACGUCUCCUCCACCUUCAGGGCGCCUUUAGGACUGCGGCGGGAGGCGGCGUCUGCAGCGGACUACUCGCGGCCUCCGAGCUACAGGUCGCGUACCAGCUCCACCCGGCCGACCCUCGACCCCGGGGGCGGCGGGGGCGGUGGGGGAGGAGGCGGCAGCCUGGUGGGCGGCGGGGGCGGCGCCCUGGCGCACGUCGACCACUCGCGAGACCCCUCGCUGUCACUCAGCGAGUCCGCGGACAGCGGGAAGCUGCGCUUCGUGCUGGACCCGGCGGCGCCCGGCGGCAAGGACCUCGCCAACCUGGUCACCAUCGUGCAGACGGACGACAGCCCCGUCAUCGUCACCGUGUCCGGCUCCACCCCCAUCGUGACGGGCUCCUCGCCUCCCGGCCAGGGCGGACACAGCGGCGGCAGCGGCAUCAACACCGAGAUGGAGAUACUCGCGCACCUGUGAUGGCCCUGCCCAACCGAGUGUCGCAGCGACUGCGGCCACUGUACAGUAGUGUACGGAGAGUUGCAAGCGAUCGUUUCGUACACACUCGUUACUGAUUUAUCUGUUCCAACAUAUACAUGUGACUUCACUAACGGACCAAAAAUAUAGAAGAGGCACAUUGCUGGAAGCUGACAGAAAAAGUUGAUGGGUACUGACCUCGUAACGAAAUUUGAUUGUGCUACGAUAAAGCUCUGACGUCACUCCAUCUACUUCUGCAUGCGUCGUUUAAAGUCAACAUAGCAUCAACCCUCAAUCUCUUUAUAACAAUUAUAUGAAAUAAAAGAGAAAUAAAUGAAAAAAAAAGUUUACUGGGUAACCUCUUAAAUUACCUUGAAUAAAAGCAUCUUUAUGCGUAAGUAAUUUGCAAAGUUAUGCAUUUUGCAAAGAAAUAUUUUGUAUUUAUUUUCACCUACAAGAGAUAAGUUUAAAUUCCUAUUACAAUUAACGGCUAUACUACAAUAUUUAGUUAUUCAUCAGCCGUAAUAUUUUUCUUAUUGUAGAGAGACUGUUUUGUCAUUUCUGUUCCGUUUAGGUUCAUAAGAGCCAUAAAGCUGGGUACUGUUGCUAGUCCAGUGUACUGAUUGUAUCGCAAGUUGGUCCGAUUGUAAGUGACAGCCAUAUCAGAGAAACUGGCGAUUACCACUCGCGUUCUAAAGGCAGUGUGAUAUUGAUGAUUGGCUGACACUUUCAGGUCCCAAAAUUGCUACCUGUACUCUGUUUGUACUGUAAAAACGUUUGAAACUGACUUGAUUAUUGUUCUGACUUUCGGAAUAAGUUGACAUCUCGGAAUGAACAACUGAAUAACAAAAGCCUUUGAUUUAACAAAAUAUUGCACAGUAGGCUAAAUACUGCAAAACAGAUAGAUAUCAAGAAGGAAAUGUUUAGGUCACAGUUACACACUGUAAUAAGAGAUUUGCCUUUUGCAAAGAAGUAUCAUUUUUGGCUAUUCACGACUUGAUUAUUACAGUGUUUUCAAUUAUAAAUCACAAGAAAAUUUACCUUCGUUCACUUUUUGGAAAAGACGUUAUAUGCUAGAUAUACAGUAUUCUGUAGCAGACUGAAAGACGUGACAGUUUCACGACAUGGAUACUUGCAUUUGAAAUACUAUAUGUGCUGCAUCACUAUCUAUAAAUCUCUCCAUGUUGAUAAUUUGACUAUGGUUAAAAGGCUUUAGGAAACAAAUGUAGAUCUUUCACAUCAUGUAACAGAUUGAAACUUUAUUUUUGUGAUACUGUCUUCCUCUUAUCUAAAUCACUUCCAGAAUUAAUUCCAGUAGUUCUAAUACAGUAUUUGAUAUUAAAUAGUGGCUCUGACGGCCAGUGUAACCACAGAGAGUGCCUUAUGCUUGAAGCAAACAUUAGACUUUUAACUACUACUGUACUACCAAGAAAUGUAACAAUGACUUGUUUGUACUUGAGUCACAGCUACAAAUGACAUAUUGCACUACUAAUGAAAUAUGGUUCUCAUAAGUUUCAUAUUUUUGUUUCCUGUAUAAUUUUACUACUGUGCACAUAUGUGAUUUAAGCUACUUCUUUCUAAUUUUUGCGUAUUUCCUGAGAAAGGUGGUAACAUUUGCUCAAAAUUAUCUUGUAUGAGCGUAAACACCAGACUCCUGGGAUGAGAAAUGUAGCUCAUGGUUGUGUGUAGUAGCAGAAUGAGAAGGAGAGUAUGAUGGGACACAUAUAUGACGAAAGUAAGUGGUUUGGAGAGUAAUACUUGCAGUAAAUACAUCCAAAGACAACUUCAUGUUAAAGAUUUAAGCAUUCAUGACUGAAAAAUACCUCUAGCCAGUAACAACGUUUUACUUUUGCAUGUGACCCUGCAAUUAUAAUUUGGAAUCGGCACUAUAAUUUCUGUACACUAAUUAGAAGUCAGUGCUGUGUACUGACAUCUGUCCUUCAGCUCUAUUGGCUCAUAGAAAAGGAUAUAAUGAUAUGGCCCGCUGUGUUAAAAUGUUCUCUGUUAGCUGUUUAGUCGACUGUGAAGCUGAAUUUCUUCAGUUAUACUCUGUACCUAUUAAGACAUUUCCACUAUUGACUUGCGUGUUGUACAUUUUGUAAUUUCAUAUAACAUUGUGUAUGAAAGUCUACAUUGAUUGACAGUGACUUAUUGGGGAGAGAGAGACAGGAGUUCGCUGGCUCUAGAUUGCUUGUCAAUGUAAAAGUAUGGUGCUUACAGCACAUGGUGCUUUCACACCUAUAAAUGUAUAUACAUAUUCUGAUAAAUGACAAAGCCUUUACUGAAGUAUUUUGUGCUAUAGAUGUUAAUUUGUAUAUACUGUAAAAUAUUAUAAAUAGAUCAUGCUUAUCAAAGAAAUUGAAUUCCAUAUACAAUGUAUAUGAGUCAUUCAUUGUGCAUAAAGAAAUGUGAUUGAACUCUACCUGAAUUUUAAGAGUCCAUUAAAUAUUUAUGCAAAAAAAUUUAAG